AUGCCGUUGCGCAUCCCCACGCUGCGCCAUGCUCUGCGCCAGCCCCUCGUCAACCCCCGCGCUACCCAACGCCGCUUUGCCCGCGUCCAGGACGUGCGCUUUCUCGUCACACACGACUCCCAGGAGCGCAUCCUCGCCAAGUACAAGGAGAAGCUCGAGCACAAGGCGCGCGAAAAGGGCCUCAAGGACCUCGACGAGCUCAAGGAACAGUACAAGGACAAGAUCGAGGAGCUGAGGAAGCAGGCCAUUGUGCCCGGCGCAACCGGUCCAUUGACGCCGCCACCAGAAACAACCACAACACAACAACCAAAGAGCCCUUGGCCGUCGCCCCCUCCGCCGCCCUCUGCUUCGGGCUCUCCCUCGGCGCCCCCGCCAGGCGUCAAGACGCUCAAUUCCUUCCUCGACCUCGACAAAGUCAAGACUCUCCCCGAGAAGGAAGUCCAGGCCCUAUGGCGCCUACGACACGCUGCCAACCCACAGAGCGUCCAUUUCGCUGUUCCGGCCACGACCUUUGCCCAACUCCUCCGCAGCGCAAAGCAACACCCCUCCUUCGUGCUCCCCGUCCCCCGCGAGAUACCCGCCGAUGCCUCGUCCGCGUCACCGGAACAAGCUCAGACGCAGCAGGCUGCUGAGCUGCACUAUCUGCAGUUCUCCCACCCGCACCUUGACACAACCACGCUCAUGUUCACAACGCUGGCAGAAUUCAAGCUGAGGGGCGAGUUCGCGAGUCCGCACACCACCAUCACCUUCCACCAGGAGCUCGCCGAGAGCCACAACCUGGUGCUGGGCCAGGGCCUGGUCAUCGAGAACAGAGGCGUGAGCGUCGACGAGGCCAGAUGGCUCGUCAUGUGCAUGCAGAAGUUCUAUGUGCAGACGGAAGAGGGCAAGGGACGCAGCGAACUGCUCAACAUGUUCACUCGCGGAGACAGCGCAUUUCAGGUAGAGCGACUGAUUGACGAGGCCGAGAAGAUCUUGUAA